AUGACAUUUAUUCAAAAGAGAAAGCCUACUUCUUAUUCCAAUGCAUCUGACCCAUCUUCGGUUUCUUUUACUAUACUACCUAGUCCUUUUCAAACAGUGCUAAUUGUUAGUGCCGAGCAACUUCAGCAAGCCUCUCAAAGAGUCGCCGAAAUCGACAAUGAAGUGCGAAAUGCCGAAA